AUGGACUACAAGGAAUUCCCUGUCUGUUCCCAGGAUGAUGCAGAAGCUAAGAACUAUGUCUCACAAGUUCUUGUGGGUGCUCUGCUGGAACACUUCUUGUUCAAAUUCUUCAUCCUAACUGUCAAUAUUUGUAACAUCUUCAUCAUUGCAUUCCAGACCAACCCAGAUAUUUCCAAGAUAUAUGAUACUGUGAUCAUUGUGUGUGAACACACUGCACUUGUCGUCUUUAUUUUGGAGAUUCUACUCAAGUGGUUUUAUGGAUUUAGUGUUUUCUGGAAGAACGGCUGGAAUGUUCUGGACUUCAUGCUCUCCUUGUCUGUGACUGGAAGUAUGGUAAUGUUUGGACAGGAAGAAACUAAAAUUGUUAGUUGCCAUCACUUCCUCCUUUUAAAUUCAAGGCACAAGGUCAUCCAACCUUCUCUUUCUCUCAUUUUCUUAAUUCAUCAAUUCCUCAAAAUACUCUUUCCACCUUCAUCAUCUCUUCCCGACAUGUCCAGCAUCUUCAUCAUCCUUGGUUUCUUAAUGCUGAUGUUUGCAAUUCUUGGAACUGUACUAUUCAAAGCUGCCUUCCCAUCAGUGUUCAGCAAUCUGACAUCUGUACUCUACAUUCUUUUUGUCUGCAUUACACAAGAUGGAUGGGCUGGUAUCUACCAAGAAUUAAAAAGUGUUGAAGGACCUUUGUAUGCUGCUUCUCUGUACUUGUGUGCCUUCAUCACUGGUGGUGCCUUCCUCUUUGCAAACCUUCUUAUUGCGGUUGUAGCCACAAAUCUGGAAACAGCAAUAACAUAUUGUGAUGAGCCAAACUCAGAAGAUGACUGUUUGCUCAAGGAUCGGAACAUCAUCCAUGUGGAUGAAGUGGCUGCCAAAACCAAUAUGACUAGGCACCAGACACCCUGGACAGAUACCUUCCUGGAUAACCUGUCAGUGGAUAUUACUGAGCAGAUAGCCUUGGUCAUAGGAGCUAUUGAAAAGAAUGAGAGAGCCUAUGUGAGGACUAUUGAAGAGCUACAAGCUGUAGUGGACAAGGUCCAUAGCCUGUCCUACAACAGAGAGAAGGACAAAGAGAUGAUCAUGCGCAAUCAGAUGGCUGCCUCCCUGCAGGAAGACUUAUUCAGCAAUGAGAUUGCCAUGGGCCGCUCUGGUGAUAUACUGUCCACCCUUAUCACCCUGGAGAAGGCUAACAUCAUAAAUUCGUCAGUAAACAGGCCAAACAUGUUUACUACAAGCAUGGUGCAGAACCAUGUCAGACAGCUGUCAGCAGCAGUGACAGCAGCUCAUUCCACAUCAGCAUCUGAACAUGGAGAAUUCAUAGCUGAAAUCCAUGAAAACUGAGGUGCCCAUACAGAUUCUGAACAAUUCUUCAGAGACCCCAGCAUUUCACAUUUUUGAUCUAUCUCAGCUCCUCACACUUGAUCAAAGAAGUCAAAAAUCCUGAAUACCUGUAACACGUUAUUGGGAGCUGAGAUAUGGCAAAAAUAUGAGCAGUCUGACAGUGUUGGAGAACAGUCAAAAAUAAAAAACACUUGACUUCUCAAAAUCCCUUUAUUUUAAAUCUAAUUGCUGAAAAUCUUGGAAACAUGUUAAUAAAUAUUUUACUAUCCUGUUCUAGUUUUUCCUCAAAAAAACAAUUAAAAAAAAAAAGUUUCCAAAUAAUAGUUUCCAUCUGAAUAUCCGGGACAGUAAUUUCGUUAGGACUAUACCCAGAUGUACCAUGUGGCUGCGUAAUGAUGAGGUCUUCCAGCACACGUCUGGCCAGGAUUCCACUCCAUCUAGUUAAGCACUGAACCAGCCAAAUGGAUGUCAUCUUUCAUUUGAAUGAUUAAGGUCCUUAGCAUUCUUUUCACAAAUGUUGACGUACUGCAAAAUUAUUUAUAGUUAGCUUGGUAGUUCAAAAAAGAUGUGGUGGUAGAUUGCAGAGAUGAUGCAUCAACUCUCCAAGAAUAUAUGCACA